UCAGCGCACCAACAGCCAUUAAGCACCGCACGGAAUCUCGAAGGACGAUGUUUUCUAUCCGAUGGUGCAUAGCCUUCCCCGUAUCUUAAUAUAAACCCUAUGCUCCCUCGGACUCCUCGCAUUUAAACACGACUGUCGUCUGCAUUCAGUCAGCCACGUGCCUUCAUAUCGUCGGAGCAGAGCGGGAUGGCGUUAGUUCUCUCCGGCACCUAACUACCCACUCCCCACCCCCGCAGCGACGUUACCCGUCUUGCCCGAAACUCGCGGUCGCUAGAGAGAUAUGGGGGAGGGGGGUAAGCAAGCUAAAUGCAGAACACUGUCAAAUAGGAAUAGCUGCGGAAUACUUGACUGACUACAGCUGUACUUGAGGGGGGAUGAGCAGUCGAUCCGUGGAACCUUUAUAAUAAACAAACCGUACGCAAGGUUGACCGCUGUUCCACGCAAUGCUGAUGGUGCAUUGAAACAAAGGGCAGGAGGAGGUGAGGGCACCAUGGGCGACGGAGGGCCCUCGCACGCCGAGGGCAACGCCCUCCUCAAGGCCGUCUUCCAGGGCAAGCUGCGUCUGACCCGCCUCCUGGUUGAAGGGGGCGCCUACAUCAAUGAGGGCAACGAGCGCGGCGAGACCCCCGUUGUCGCAGCCUGCCUAGCCAGCUACGAGGACCCCCAGAGCCGCCACAAGAUGGUGCGCUACCUCCUAGAGAAAGGAGCCGACCCCAAUAUCCCCGACAAGACCGGGCGGACGGCCUUGAUGCACGCGUGUGCCGAGCAAGCCGGUAAGGAGGUGGUGGCCUUGCUCCUGGAGUACGGGGCAGACCCCAGCCUCAAAGACUAUUCCGGAUCCUCGGCUUUGGUUCACGCCAUAAACAAAGGCGACCGAGAGACCCUGCAGAUUCUUCUGGAUGCCUGCAAGGCUAAAGGCAAGGAGGUCAUUAUAAUCACCACCGACACGUCUCCGUCAGGCACCAAAAAGACCAGGCAAUACCUCAACUCACCCCCCUCCCCAGGAGUGGUUGACAAGCUCACCCCAGUUUCCUGUAUGUCCCCCUCUGAGGUGGAGAUCCGUACAUCCACCUCGCCGGGAACCGAGAAGGAGGAGGAAGAAGGAAUUUUCAAUUUUGCCGUUACACCGGCUUUACCUCUGCCUUCUACUCGACCCCCCGGAGAGAAGAGGGCCCCCCCACGCAAGCUGCUUAAACGGUUAAACUCAGAACCAUGGGGGCUGGUGGCCCCAUCGGUGCUAAGUGGGGCCGCUAAGGACAGGGGGGAUGGGGAGCUGCAGGAAGAAGAGCGGGUGACGACGGAGAUCAAUGGCCUGUCUAUCUCCGGCCCCGGAAGGCCCCCCUUAUCCCGUAGGCACAGCAUCGAGACCCAUGACCCCUGCUCCCCGAAACUCAUUGACCGUUCUUGCUCUGAGGAUUGUGCUACCCUCUGUGGCUCAUCCUGGGCCGACAAGGUGCAACAGCACCAGACGCUGUACCGCAGGAACACCGCACCUGAAUCCCAAGAGACGACUGGACAGGUUCCAGUCACCAUCCGGGCCUUAGCCCAUCCGAAAUUAACCCGAAUGGAGCAUUACGAAUCAGACACACACCUGUGCCCCGAGUCCAUCCCGGGUUCUCCAGAUUCUGGCCGCGUGUCAGUGGAGCGCCGCAAGUACAACGCCUCACCGCUCUCCCUGCUCACCAGCUCUUCCCGGGAGUCUUUGGAGAGCAUCCCUAACUCCGUGUCUCCAAUCACCAUGCGCCGCCGGCCAACAGGGCUUUUGGAGCGCCGAGGGUCUGGUACCCUCCUCCUAGACCACAUCUCUCACACCCGGCCUGGCUUCCUGCCUCCGCUCAACGUCAACCCCCAGCGGCCCAUCCCCGACAUCCGGGCCAACGGGAAGCCCACUUCCCCGAUCAAUUCAGGGCACAAGAUCUUGGUGCCGGUGGCCCCUACAUCUCCAAAGCGUGGGCCCGACUUCAAGAUGAAGAAGAAACUGAUGAGAAGACACUCCAUGCAGACAGAGCAGAUGAAGCAGCUGUCCACCUUUCAGGAGAUCCUGGCCGAGAAGGUGAUAGAGUUUACUGGGGACUGAAGCGGAUUGGGAGAAAGGACUGAACCUUAACAGGGAAGUGUUUUUGGGGGUGGGGGGUGGGGAGGGGUAGGGACAUCAAAAUCAAGUGGCUGAGAUUGAGGUCCCUUCAAUUGAAAGUAGAGAUUAUCCAUUCAUUCUAAAUAUUAUUCAGUGCUUCUCAAAUUCGAGCCGCUUUCCCUUCUGAAGAUGGCAGCCCUAUUUUUGUGCUAAUGCAGAUGCUCGAUUUGUUUCCUUCAGCCUGGGUGACCCAGUUUGCUUGGGAGUGCUGCUCUUUUGUGCAGUGCGGGUCUGAACCUCCGUUAUCGCUGCGCUGUUGCAGGCAGAUGUUGCGUUCCGGCCUCUGCUGAUUAUUUACCCACGUCCACUUUGGCUAAGCUUUCUAGCCCCUUCUCUAAAACAGAAGGCCUUUGCACUUGUUCUUCGCGUGAAUUCAUGCACACUGCAUGUAGGUCGGAGCGAGAGGAAAAACCGACGCUCAUAUAAAUCGAACAAAACAGAAAGACGUGUGUUAAUGAAUUGCUGGGAGAGAUGCGUGUUCUCUUCCGUCUAAAAAAAAAAAAAAAGGUAAAACACCCUUUUUGCUGACUGAUGAUCAGUUAUUUUAUUUAUUCACUUUAUCUGAGUGAAACAUGACAGUGGUUAAUAGUUAUCUUUAAUUCGACAUGAUCACGCCACAUGAAUAUCUAUUUCUUCAUAUGCACUACAUUCUUUAUUUAUAGUAGCCCAUUACCGAUACUAGUAAACAUUUCUUCAUUAAUAUUCCAUGAUUAUUGUAAUAUUUCACUUGAAUUCAUUCUGUUUCACCUUUACAGUUUACCCGUGCCCAAACUUUUUAGAGGAAGACCGAAUGACUAAAUAUAUUUUCUAACGGACAUAUUUAUUAAUUUGACUGAAGUGCAAUUUACCUAUCUCAAAAUUCCAAAGAAAUUUAGUAUGCCGUAUGUCAGACCCAUACCGGGCUGAUAUAUGAACUGAUAGAAAAAAAUGGAUCAAAUAAAAAACAGAAUAUAAACAAUCUUCCUAAGUCAAUGCACAUUUACGAUGAUUGUGAUGAUAUGAUAGGUUUUAGUACAGGUAUGAUGUAAAUAUUGUAUCUCCCUAUGAAAUUAUUUGUGAUUUAUAUAUAAGAUGUACAUGUGCAAUAUUCCGUGCUGCUUUAUCAAGUAUUUAAUUUCACGUAACUCUGGAUGUAAAGUGCUCCUUUCCAAUUUGACGGAAACAAUGUCAUGCAAACCAAAAACAAGCUGGUAAAGAAAUCAUAAAUCCAGAUAUCAAAGAAGUAAAAAAAAGUAAUUUGUUGUAGUUCUGAAAACUGAACAUUCAAGAGGCCAAAACAAGUCCAUUUUUCGGUGGUCCUCUUAAAAAGCAAACAAGCUAAAGCAACUUUCUCUGAAAUAUACCCAACAAUGUCUGUUUCAGGAAUAUUAAUUUCUUGAAAUAUUUCUGUAUCAAGGAAAUAUUCCAUGUAAGUGCUGUAAGAUAUAGUGUUUAAUUGCUGUGGUUGUGCUGUAUUACUGACCUACACAGAGAUAUUUUUGUAUGCCAGUUAUAAAAUGGCCGACCAGAUCAUGUGACGAAAGGUAUAGGAUUUACAAUAUACAGCGUUAGUCAUACAUUUUUUAUGUUUACUACGUCAAAUGAGGAGGCUAGUGAACGGAAAAUCAUUGGAGCCUUACAGCUUUUGCUCGAUUUGUUAUAAAUGUCUUAAUAUUAUCAAACAUUCUUGUGUGAAACUUAAAUAAUGUACGUUUUGAUGCACUACAGUAUCUUAGAUUACGUUUCAGUCAUCAGAUCAGGUGAAAUAUGACUGUGUGGUUUGGGCUGUGAAAUGUUUGUAGGUCUUAAUAUACAGUACAUAUUAAGCUUUAGGAUUGGAACAACAACUAAAGUGUUUUCAAAUGGACAAUUACUUAAUCGGUCACUGAAAAUAUUUUUUAAAGCUUAAAAUCUGAGUGACAUAAAAGGUUAAAUUAUAUAAAUUUUGUUGUCAGUUUGAUAUCAAUUGGAUAAUGAUCUAGGGUUUCCGUAACUGCGCAGAGAUCAGUGCCUAAUAUGUGGACAGUGAAGGGUUGCUGAAUGAAUGUUUGCUGAUUAUGAAUAAAGCAGGUGAAGUAUACUCCCAAAGGAAUACUCUGCGGAAUGUGAUGUGACGUGAUGUAAGGCCUGAAUUACACAUCAUUCAGCUGUUACACUCAAAUGUGUGAUUCAGUCCUUGGACCGUGUUAAACAUUAAAUAAUUAUGAAUAUCAAUUUUCACAUAUAUAGGCAUAUAUAUGUGUGUAUAUAUAGAUCAUAUAUGAGAACAUCAUUUAUUAAGAUAUCAAUUUGUGUUCUUCCAAGUGUCAUACGAUGUUACUGUUUGAUUGACCAUGAGUAAGUAGUGUUAAUUUAGUGAUGCUCUGUUUUACAAAUCAGCAUCAUAAACACACUACAGCAAAGCAAUAUAUUAUAAUCACCUGAUAAAUCACCAUUUUUGUUUCCUAUACCAUUGCCUGGAUGUUCUCUAUAUUUCUAUAGUAAUUCAAAAUAAAAAAAAUAUAUAUGUCUUAACUGAUGUAAUAAUUAUCUCGCAAAGAUGUUCCAACUCAAAAAAAAAUAAAAAAAAUCAAGCAGAACAGAUGUAGGUAUAGAACAUAAAAUAUCUAUAUGAAGUUGAGACUAAGUGUCGAGUAGUUAUAAUUGUGCAUUCCAAUCAACUGUAAUUACUCUGAAUUUACCAGCUGUAAGUCAAGGGUCACCACUAGUAAUAAACCCUAAAUCUGAUCUUAGAAAUGUGUUUUGUGGAAUAGUGCCUAAAUGUUUGAUUUGGUCAUAGUGAAAAUUUAAAAGAAUGUGUUUUAUUCUAUUCUACUGUCUUGCCAAGUUAAAGAAUAGUAGAUAUUUCGGGCUUACAAUAUUGUGAUUUUCUCUGUCUGGAAUGUAACACAGUGGAGAUAGUGAAAAUUAAAAUGAUAAUUAGUCAGUUAUUUUUCAACAGCUAAUGACAUCUCCUUUUCCAUCAAGAUAUUAAAGCUAUACCCACUGUUUCACUGUUGUGUAUAGAUGCACCACUAUGUCAUACAGCUGCUUUCAACUAAAAAGUAUGAUAAACACCCUGAAUUCAUUACAAUUUAGCAUAACUCCAACCCUCACGUUAACGUAGAGCAAGCUGCUCUGUAUGCCGACAGCUCACCUCAGAUUUCAUAGCACCAUUUCAAUAGCUGACCGCAAGCAAGGGGGCUGAGUGUCAGUAGCUCUGGUGGAACAGCAUUUUGAUGAGUUUGACAUCACAUCCUGUUCCCUCCAGCCUGGCUUCACACCUCAGAAUGACACUCGCAAGCAAGCUUGUCAUGAUGCUGCAGCUAUUUUCUUUUUUGGUCCCCUCAGUUUUCUGCAUCUGAAAGAAGAAAAAAAAAGGAGUUAUUCUUUCAAUGUACUGGAAAUAGAAAUAUUCCUGAGAGGUAAAUAUUGAUUCGGGGCCAGGAACAGCUGCUUAAAAUAAAUCGAAAAAAUCAGUGGUGGGAUUUUUCUUUUUUGCACAAUUCACCCCUCACUUCUGCUCAGAAACCUUCUUUGUUUUGAUCUGCUAUGCAAAAGCCCUGAUAUGCUUCAAUAGAUUGAUUAAACACUUUAAGAAAACUGUAAAACCUUUACAGCAGUUCACUAUGAUACAAGACCUCUUCCGCUUGUACAGGUUCCCCUAGGAUGACACAGUGCUGAGCUGCAUCACCGACACAGAGACUCGCACGUAGCCCGCGCACCAUUAGCUACAUUUACAUUAACGCGCCGGACAGGACGACACGAAAGUCUGAUUUCGGUAGGGCGAAACGGCAGUGAGCCGGCACGAGAGCUUCGGGGGGGGGGCGGGCCCAGGGACGGCUCUGUCUCGAAAGUGGGUGACAUUCCCUAGUGGCGUCUCCAUGAUGAUGGUGUCCAGCCUUUCCAGACACAGAAUGGUCACGUGCCUGUAGACCGAAAAGCUCACCUCGCAGUUGGAAAUGUGUUCUGGUGUGAAAAAGUGCUCAUUAUACUACGUAGACAGGAAUCAAAAGAUGUAAAUCCGAAACACAGGCUGCAGGAAGGAAGUAUGCAUUGUAUUUUAUUUUAUUUACAAUAACGAGAAAGGCAACAUUUCUUUUGCCGUUUGUUGGCGUGUCUCAUAAUUCUAUGACACUGAUGCGCUGUUUGUAUCCUGGAAGUCAGACUUCAUUCCCAGUGUCCCUGGUCUGUGCCAGAGGCCUUGUGGAUGUACCUUUGUCGUGUGAGUCACUUUCAACAUCAAUAAAGUUAUUUUACAAUCAA